AUGUUUGCACAACAAGACCCGCUGAUACUGGAGAAAGAGGAUUUGGUGCAGGCGUUAUUUGAUGCAUUGCCGAGCGAUGACAAGUACGCAUAUCCCGGUCCAUCAGAUCUGAACAACAUUGGCAGUCUUUCGCCCCUCGCAGCUGAUAUUGGUCUCGAGUUUUUGAAAGAAACCUACGGAUACAAUUUUGACGCCUUUGACCUCGACGACUUCUCACCCGAGCCAGGAACAAGCCGAAUAGAGUUAAAACCAAUUCGGAGUCACCGAAAGAAGUGCAAUCUUUGCGGGAAAUGGUUCUUGUCAAGAAGGAGACUGUUUGCGCACAAAACACUGCAUUAUCCGAAUCGACGGGUCUGCCUCUUCUGCGGAAUCGUUUUGAAACCUGAUGUUGAUUAUUCAAUUCACUUGGAAAGAAAACAUCAUCGUCCCCGUUAUGGAUGGGAUGAAAGCAAUGAAGAGGUGAAGAGCAACGAGAAGUUGACGUGCUUUGAGUGCGGAUAUGAGGCGAAUUCGGUGAAACAGCUGUGGAGGCAUGGCACCCGAACAAAGCACGCAACUCGUCCGACGAAAUUGCGAAUCGCCGAGUGGUUUUGCACCGAAUGCCCAUAUAGGACUCGAGUGAAGAUGAAUUGGCAAAGGCAUUUGUGGAGAAAACACAAGAUUGGAAAGCCAUCCAAUGCCCCAAAACUAGCGACCACCGAUGAGCGAAUGUGUUCAACGUGUGCAAAGAGUUUCGCAAAUUUGUCGAGCUUAACGCGACAUUUUAGG